AUGUCGGCCGUGUUGGAUCGCUUAGUCCAAAUCCCUGCUGAAGAACUCGCGGCCGAUGAGGCCGACAAAGUUCAGUGGGCUUUGGCUGCGCUGGAAGAGGUGAAAACGCAUCCGCGUGCGAACCAGUAUGCCUUGGAGUUGGCUCAGCAAGCCAAAGAGAGGGGCGAGGCUUCAUGCCUCUGCGCAAGUUGCGCUGACCUCAAGGGCCAGCUGGCCGCGUCGCGUUCCCCGGCGGAAGCCGCCAUCAGCCGUGCGAAGCAGGCAGAGGCGGAAUUGAAAUCGGAGCAGCGAAAGGUCUCACGGUUGGAGGAGGAGGUGGAGAUGUGGCAAGAAAGGGCCCACAAGGAACGCUCUCGCCGAAGGGACCUGGAAGAAUGGAAAAUGGGCCACAAGGCACUUGUGAAGAUACAGGCAUGA